AUGGUCGAUUGGGGCGAACUCUGCGGCAACUUGCUAGGGCAUAGGCCGCCGAACAGAGAAGUUGGUAGUAAUAAGAACACUGCAGUGAUGGAAGGGCCGAGGGUAAAAGCCAAAUGGCUUGAGGAUUGGUUUAGCAACCCUCUCCCGGUUGACGCCCCUAAGGAGCUUGUGCAGCUGUAUGCUCGGUUUUACAUACUAGAGAUGUUAGGUGGUACGUUGUUUAUGGACAAGUCUGGUGAACGGAUCUCAAUUAUGUAUCUGCAAUUUUGCAAUCCAAUCAACAACGGAAAGAAUUAUAGUUGGGGUAGUGCAGCACUAAGUUGGCUCUAUAGACAUCUUUGUAAGGCAUCAGAGAAGACAGCUAAGCAGAUUGGCGGUGCAUUGCUAUUGGUGCAGUUGUGGGUGUGGGCGAGGUUUCCACACAUAUGUCCUAUGAUGAGGCAUCCACACCAAGCACUGCCCCCAGGUCCACUUGCUAUCAGAUGGAAAGGGGCUAAGAUAACAACUGAACAUGCAAUGCACGUCCUACGUGCCUAUCAUGUGUCGCUUGCUUCGCUACGGCCAAAUCAGAUUGUCUAG